UUUGACUGACGUUUCAAUAUUAGUGUGCAGCAGAUGAACAUGCAUAGAGGAGCAUCAAUGUGACAGUCAAUGCAGAGUAGUAGAAGGCCAGGCUACAGUAAACAGACUGAGUAGGAGUGGGCAUAAUACUCCAGUAAGCAGCAUAGGCUGGCUAUAGGGAGCAGUGCAGGCGUCACUCGCCGCAUGUGCCAGUCUGUGUGAGCUCGCAGACGGGAAAAGGUUGAUUUAUAGAAAUAACACAUGUUCAAAUUAGCUCGCUUUUUCUGAACGCACGCGCGUUGGAUGCUUCACUAUAUGGAUACGAUGAGAAGGAAAAUAGUAAUGUGGCUAUAAUAAAUUAAUAGCCUGCUCGUUUUAGUGGGGGCGAUUUUAAGCAAGCAAAACAAGAGACCUCCUUAGUAAUGGAGAACCAGGCUGCGGAGCUGCUACAGCAGCAGCAGAGCUACGAGGACGUUCGGAAAAGCGGGUAUCUCCGCAAGCAGAAAUCUAUGCACCGGCGAUUCUUCGUUUUGAGGGAAGCCUCGGAACAGGGCCCUUCCCGUUUAGAAUAUUAUGAGAACGAGAAGAAAUUCCAAAGCAAGUCACCUGUUCCAAAAAAAGCGCUGAAUCUGGAGACUUGCUUCAACAUCAACAAGCGGGCGGAUUCCAAGAACAAGCACAUGAUAGUGAUGUAUACCCGCGGGGAGAGCUUUGCCAUUGCAGCUGACAGUGAGGAGGUCCAGAAUGACUGGUACCAGGCCAUGCUGGACCUUCAGUGGAAAUGUAAAAGCCCAGAGAACUGUGGCAGUGGUGGGGAGUGUGGACUCCCCUCUCCUCCCGGCCCAGCUUUUAAGGAGGUGUGGCAGGUCAAGGUGUGGCCUAAAGGGCUUGGCCAGGCCAGAAACCUAGUGGGCAUCUACCGGCUGUGCCUGACCGACAAGACGGUCAACUUCGUCAAGCUCAACUCUGACAUGGCCACCGUGGUCCUACAGCUGAUGAAUGUGCGUCGCUGUGGCCACUCUGAGAACUUCUUCUUCAUCGAAGUGGGCCGCUCGGCCAUGACAGGGCCUGGGGAGUUCUGGAUGCAGGUGGAGGACUCGGUGGUGGCCCAGAACAUGCAUGAGACCCUGCUGGAGGCCAUGAAGGCUUUGAGCGAGGAGUUCCGCCAGCGCAGUAAGUCCCAGUCUGUGGGAGCUACAGCUGGAGGUGGCACCGCCUCCAACCCCAUCAGUGUCCCCACCCGCCGCCACCACCCCAACCUACCCCCCAGCCAGGUGGGCUUCGGCAGACGAUCCCGGACCGAGACCCCUGGAGCAGGUGGGGCCAGCUGCACCAGCACUUCACCCACACCACGCAACGGGUUCCCCAGGGCGCGUACAGCCAGCAUCGGGGGAAGGAUGGAGGAGGGUGGAGGUGGAGCCAGGGGGGCAUGGGCAAGUUCUAGUCCCAGCCUGAAUGGAUCCUGUUCCACUACACCCACCCUGAGAACCAAGCCCACCAGAGCUCCAACCCCAGCUAAGAUCACUCUCAGCCUGGCCCGCUACACCCCCAACCCAGCCCCCUCCCCAGCCCCGAGCCUCUCCUCCAGCUCUGGUCAUGGCUCAGAGUGUGGACUAGUCGGAGGGGCAAUGGGAAAUGUAGCGAUCUGUUCUUACACCCGUGUCCCUCAAAGAGUCUCUGUGUCGGGCUCCCCUAGUGACUAUGGCUCCUCAGACGAGUAUGGCUCCAGCCCUGGAGAGCACUCCCUGCUUGUCCCCAGUCUGCCAGGAGGGUCCCAUGGGGGGAUGGGACACCAUGCUCAUGGAGAGAGCUCUUCCAGCUACAUAGUGAUGGGCCAGAGAGAGAGCAUCCCUGGGUUCCAUCAGCGUCCUCAGGGCCGCAGGAUGCUGCGGCGCUCCUCCAGCAGGGAGUGUGAGGCAGAGCGCAGACUCCUCAGCAAGAGGGCCUCCCUGCCCCUGGCUGCUCACGAACGCCUCGCCCCUCGUAGGAAGGAGGAAGAGGAUGAGGACGAAGAGUACGCUGUCAUGUCGCGGAGUAUUAGCAGGGAUGCCUUUGUGUCACAACGUGGAUCAGGGGGCUCGGCAGCAGGGGGCUCCGCAGUGGCGGUCGUGGUUGGGGAGACCCGGGCGAGGGCAGAUGGGGUCCGAGGAGAGGUGGGAGGAGGGGCACCAGUGGACAGUGGCUACAUGGCCAUGUUACCUGGAGUGACAGCUUCUCCUGUUUCCCUGUCUCUAUCUGUGGCCGUGUCUGACGUCGGUGCCAAACCUGGGGCUGAUGAUGAGUAUAUGGCCAUGACCCCCAACAAUAGUGUGUCUCCCCCCCAGCACAUCUGCCUGCCUGUCUCAGAGGGCUACAUGGUCAUGUCCCCCAACAGCAGCUGCUCCCCAGACUUGCAUGGAAUGGCCAUGUGGGGGAGCAGGGGCAGCAUGGAGAGCCGAGCUGGCAGUGACUACAUGAACAUGUCUCCUAUCAGCAUCCGCUCGGCUUGCAGCACACCCCCCUUUCAACCUGAACAGAACCAGUUACAACCCAAGAUGGUCUACUCCUACUUCUCUCUGCCACGAUCCUACAAACACACACUCUCUACACGCUUCGAAGAUGACUUAGAUCAAGGGAAAAGAAAGGAGGGGGGUCAUCACGACCAUGACGGUCCUGGAAAUCAGGGUGGACAAGUGGGCUACAGCAAGAGGGACACAGCCACAGUUGGCCCUGCAGGAGGCUGUCAACUCUCCCUCUCCUCUUCCUCCUUCUCUUCCAGCUCAGCUAGCAGUGAGAGCCUGGAUGAUAGGCCCAAAUCAGUGGCAACAGGGGGAGGGCUACGACUAACAAGAACAGGGCCAGGGUUCAGGAAUGGCGGGUUCAGGAAUGGGGGAGCACGCUCAAAGGACGGAUCCUACCAGCAAAAACGUGCAUCGCAUGGCCCAGGGGGACAGCAGAUGAAGCCUCGUCCCCUCAGUGUGUCUGUGGACAUGUCUAAAGCUAACACUUUGCCAAGGGUUAAGGAGAAUCUCCUUCCCACAGUGCCUCAGAGCCCAGGGGAUUAUGUCAGCAUUGUGUUCAGGGGUGGUGACGUGGGGUGCAGGAGAGGAGACCAGUGGGGGCCAGAUCAUGGACUGUCAGUGACCCAUGGAACCCCGAGGCCCCUGCACCGUCCAGCCCUCUGCCACAGUGGCUCCACCAACAUCCCCCGCAGCUUCUCUGUACCUCUGGCCACCUCCGCUGCCUUGGCUGCCUCUGCUGAGUACGUCAACAUGGACUUGGGGAUGGGGAACUCCCCUUGCCCAUCCGCCCGGAGCCCUGUUAAAUCACCUUUCAGCCUGCCCCCAGCCAUCGCCCCGAAGCCCCGAGUUUUGGCCCGUAAUAGGCCCUCUCCUAGGACAGCAGAGGGCAAUGUAGGUGGGCAUAGGGCAGCAGUGCCAACAGACUUACCCACGUCAUAUACAGACUACACAGAGAUGGCCUUCAGCAUGGGUUCAGGGCCUAACCCUGCAGUGCCUGCCAUGCACGCUGCCCAAAGAUCAUCAAUGGAGCAGGAGCCAGGCUUGGUCUUUCCCUCAGAAAAGUCCUAUUCAUCUCCUGCCCAGAACCAAAGCAGCAGGCUGGCCAGAGACAGGGUUGACAGGGGUGACCAACUGGGACGGAGACGCCACCGCUCUGAUACCUUCAUCAUGACUCCUCCCUCUCUCCCCUUCCACCUGUCCUCCUCAGGCUCCUUGUUCUUGGAGAGUGCUCAGGCAGCAUCACCUCAUCGGCACAGAGGGCUGGAGGGGGGUUCACCGUGGGAGAAUGCACAGGCAGCUAUGUCUCAAUGUGCCAUUCCUGCUGCACCCGCAGCCCAGGAUUCAUCCUCUGGGUCUGCUGAACAAGGCCUUAACUAUAUUGAUCUGGACCUGGCCAUUAAGGACAGCUCUCAGACUGGACUGGAGGGGGGAGCCACCGUUCCCCACAAUGUCUUCACAUCCGUCCACAGUGGGGCAGUUGGGGGAGGCAUGACUGGUUUGGGGAACAACCCUGGCUAUGCCAGUAUUGAUUUCUGCAAAUCAGAGGAGUUGAGAGCACAUCAUCAGAGCAGCAGGAAAGAUGUAAAAGAAUGUUAAUGAUACCUCUUCGUGUGGACAUUACUCCUGGGAUUGAGCAGCACUGUCCAACACUCCUCCAUUCUAACCACGGUGGGGUUUGGUAGGCAACAGGAUGUUUCACACUGGAAGAGGAGUAACAGAGGUGAAGAUAUACCCAUCAAAUCAUCAUUAACUAUUUGUCAUCCUAUCCAGUUGUUGCUAUCCAAUACUAAUGUGUGCCAAAAAACUGCUGGUUAUAACCAACACGACAUGGUUAUUUGAGGUAGAAAAAUCUAGCCAAUCAAGAGUGAUUACAGCAACUCCAACCAACAACAAGGAUCUAAUGAUAUUUUGUUUCUUUUUCCUAAACAUAAACUUCAUGGAAAUUGUUAUAAAAAUGUGAAAUAGUAUAAAGAUACAUACAGAAAAAAAUAUAGUAUACAUAUGUUGAUGAAAGCUACUAAAAUAUAGAAAUAUAUAUAUUAUACUUUUUAAAAAGUGCCUAAUUUUUUGAGUGUAGCCAUUUUUACACAGGGAAUGUUGAACUGGUCUGUUAGAAGGGAAAAUAUGUUUGUCUUGAAUAUAAUUUUGUUAAGAAUAUUGUGAAUACUGUAUGUUGAAAAUGACAGAAAAUGUAAUAUAAAGUUAUAUAGUAAGAAUAAUCAAACUGCCUUACCGUGUUUGUGAAAGUACUAAAAUAAUAGCCUCUUUUUACUUUAUGCUGUGCCUCAUGCUUCAGUCACAAUGAAGGCUCUCGUUCCCUCACUUUCCUGCCUGAACCCUACCAGCUGGAUCUCAGCCAAAAACCAAUGCUGCAUGAAGACACACACACACCACACACGCACGCACGCACACACACACACACACACACACACACACACACACACACACACACUUUAAUAGUCCUACAUGUGGUCCAGCUGAGUAGAUGAGAUUGAUAGUAGUCACAUUUACUGCUGAGAUACUUGUGUUUGCCAGAACAUUAUUACACAAACAGGCUGAGAAGGGGAUUGGAUGUCUUAUCAAUGUGAUUAAAGAUUCCUGUACGGCAUGUGAGCAAGAGCAUGAUUAGAUGAUUAGAUCAAUUAAUUAUGAUAUUUCCAGACCACAUUAUGGCUUCCCACAGCCUGUCAAUUACCAACAGGGUAACUUUUAUUUAUUUCAUAAUAAUAUUCAUCCCUUAAUCACUUGCUUGUUAAAGGGGCAAUCUGCUGUUGCUACAUCCAUUUUUUGGACUUAUAAAUUGAUAUGUGCCCACUGAUUCUUAAAGAAUUUAACUUAUAAAUGCCUCAUGAGCUUCGUUCCUCUGUCGUAUCUCAUCAGAACCCCAAAUAUAAGCUUGUUUUACUCCAACGUUUGGAAACAAAGUAAAUGUAAGUAAACAAAACAUGGUUAAUACAAUACUUUUGUUAUCAUGGAUGGCCAGUCCUUGCAUCCAUAGGUCUGUCUGUGAAUUUGAGAGUGGUUACAUUUCUCCAGCCCCAUCCCUCAGCUUUUUUUUUACUGAAACAGGGCAAACUCUUUGUUUCACCUGCUAAAUGCUGCUUUAAGGUUCCCCCUCUAUAUAACCACAGAAAACUAUAAUCAUAUCACACACACGUCCCAUGUAACCUGGUCCCAGACCUGUUUGUGCUUUCUUUCCAACUCCGAAUGACCAUAGGAGCUGGCACGAUAGUACAAUAUAGAUCAGGCACCAGGCUACGUCCUCUGUGUAUCCGAAAAGACACUCAAGUGCCUGGCUGCCUGUGUUUUUUGGUGUCCUCACAUUCUACCGGUUACCCUCACUCAUUUACACUAGGUCCCCACUCCCUUAUAUUUCCCUACCCCUCCUGUACCAGUUAGAUUCUCUUGCAGAAAAACUAUUGGUAUUUUUGAUGUGGUGGUUCAGUUUUAUGAAAUCACAGUGAUUUGAACGUAGCCCACCAAAUACUGCCUAUGUCUUGUGCUUUAAUGCAGAGAAAUGUAGUGCCAAAAUCCUGUAUUACAUAGACCAAUGGAUUACUCACACUUCACUAUGGUAGACUGAUGCUGUUGUUGCUCUUAAGUUCGUUUCAACAUAUAGGCUAAUGGAAUUGCUUAAAGUGACUUUUAUAAUAUGCCUUUCUUUCUUCUUCCCUUAAAAUUCUUCUUAAUUUUCAUUAGUGAGUUUCUCUUACCUCAUAAUCAUGUCUAAAGACUCUGAACAGACGUGACAGUUGGUCUGAAGCGCCCCAGGGCUGUCUGAGAAGGGUUCAGGAUCACACCUUAACUUCCCCAGGGCUGUCUGAGAAGGGUUUAGGAUCACACCUUAACUUCCCCAGGGCUGUCUGAGAAGGGUUCAGGAUCACACCUUAACUUCCCCAGGGCUGUCUGAGAAGGGUUCAGGAUCACACCUUAACUUCCCCAGGGCUGUCUGAGAAGGGUUCAGGAUCACACCUUAACUUCCCCAGGGCUGUCUGAGAAGGGUUCAGGAUCACACCUUAACUUCCCCAGGGCUGUCUGAGAAGGAUUCAGGAUCACACCUUAACUUCCCCAGGGCUGUCUGAGAAGGGUUCAGGAUCACACCUUAACUUCCCCAGGGCUGUCUGAGAAGGGUUCAGGAUCACACCUUAACUUCCCCAGGGCUGUCUGAGAAGGGUUCAGGAUCACACCUUAACUUCCCCAGGGCUGUCUGAGAAGGGUUCAGGAUCACACCUUAACUUCCCCAGGGCUGUCUGAGAAGGUUUCAGGAUCACACCUUAACUUCCCCAGGGCUGUCUGAGAAGGGUUCAGGAUCACACCUUAACUUCCCCAGGGCUGUCUGAGAAGGAUUCAGGAUCACACCUUAACUUCCCCAGGGCUGUCUGAGAAGGGUUCAGGAUCACACCUUAACUUCCCCACAUGUUGCUUCACUUAACCAUGGAAAAGUCCAAUCAAGAGCUUUGUAUUUUACUGGGUAUCGUUUUACCUCUCACUUUUUUAGUGCUGUCUUUUAUUGCCUUUUUAUUUUCUAUAUUAACUCUCACAUGAUACAACAGCUGUAUAAAGGCGCUUUGCAUUCUAGAAUAAACAGAAAUCUGUCAAGUCUGAAUAUUCUUUGUUUGGUGAACUGCAGAGAUGUGUUCUCUGUGGCUGUAGUGUGUUCAGCAUAACGCGAUACAAAGUGAUGUAGAAAUGAGACCUAUACAGUGGGGAGAACAAGUAUUUGAUACACUGCCAAUUUUGCAAGUUUUUCUACUUACAAAGCAUGUAGAGGUCUGUAAUUUUUUAUCAUAGGUACACUUCAACUGUGAGAGACGGAAUCUAAAAAAAAUCCAGAAAUCAAAAAUCCAGAAAAUCACAUUGUAUGAUUUUUAAGUAAUUAAUUUGCAUUUUAUUGCAUGACGUAAGUAUUUGAUACAUCAGAAAAGCAGAACUUAAUAUUUGGUACAGAAACCAUUGUUUGCAAUUACAGAGAUCAUACGUUUCCUGUAGUUCUUGACCAGGUUUGCACACACUGCAACAGGGAUUUUGGCCCACUCCUCCAUACAAACCUUCUCCAGAUCCUUCAGGUUUUGGGGCUGUCACUGGGCAAUACAGACUUUCAGCUCCCUCCAAAGAUUUUCUAUUGGGUUCAGGUCUGGAGACUGGCUAGGCCACUCCAGGACCUUGAGAUGCUUCUCAAGGCCCUAGCUGUGUGUUUCGGGUCGUUGUUAUGCUGGAAGACCCAGCCACGACCCAUCUUCAAUGCUCUUACUGAGGGAAGAAGGUUGUUGAACAAGAUCUCGGCAUACAUGGCCCCAUCCAUCCUCCCCUCAAUACGGUGCAGUCGUCCUGUCCCCUUUGCAGAAAAGCAUCCCCAAAUAAUGAUGUUUCCACCUCCAUGCUUCACGGUUGGGAUGGUGUUCUUGGGGUUGUACUCAUCCUUCUUCUUCCUCCAAACACGGCGAGUGGAGUAUAGACCAAAAAGCUCUAUUUUUGUCUAAUCAGACCACAUGACCUUCUCCCAUUCCUCCUCUGGAUCAUCCAGAUGGUCAUUGGCAAACUUCAGACGGGCCUGGACAUGCGCUGGCUUGAGCAGGGGGACCUUGCGUGCGCUGCAGGAUUUUAAUCCAUGACGGCGUAGUGUGUUACUAAUGGUUUUCUUUGAGACUGUGGUCCCAGCUCUAUUCAGGUCAUUGACCAGGUCCUGCCGUGUAGUUCUGGGCUGAUCCCUCACCUUCCUCAUGAUCAUUGAUGCCCCACGAGGUGAGAUCUUGCAUGGAGCCCCAGACCGAGGAUGAUUGACCGUCAUCUUGAACUUCUUCCAUUUUCUAAUAAUUGCACCAACAGUUGUUGCCUUCUCACCACCUGCUUGCCUAUUGUCCUGUAGCCCAUCCCAGCCUUGUGCAGGUCUACAAUUGUAUCCCUGAUGUCCUUACACAGCUCCCUGGUCUUGGCCAUUGUGGAGAGGUUGGAGUCUGUUUGAUUGAGUGUGUGGACAGGUGUCUUUUAUACAGGUAACGAGUUCAAACAGGUGCAGUUAAUACAGGUAAUGAGUGGAGAACAGGAGGGCUUCUUAAAGAAAAACGAACAGGUCUGUGAGAGGGUCGGAAUUCUUACUGGUUGGUAGGUGAUCAAAUACUUAUGUCAUGCAGUAAAACGCAAAUGAAUUACUUAAAAAUCAUACAAUGUGAUUUUCUGGAUUUUUGUUUUAGAUUCCGUCUCUCACAGUUGAAGUGUACCUAUGAUAAAAAUUACAGACCUCUACAUGCUUUGUAAGUAGGAAAACCUGCAAAAUCGGCAGUGUAUCAAAUACUUGUUCUCCCCACUGUAUAUGUAUACUUAGACCCCUCACCAUAUCAAAAUACAUGCCAAUAGUUGUGGGAAAAGGGUAUGAUAUGUACAAUCAUGGUAAUAAUUCUUAUUACCAAGGAGAAAGCUGUAUACUUAUUUCAAUGCUAUUAAUAAUACAAUGACUGACAAUGAUGUAUAAUGUAUUGUAAAGAGGAGAAGGAGCAGGAUCUAUGGGUAUGUACAGUAUUCUGUGUAUAAGGGAGUAGGUUUCAGGGGAGGGAUAUGGGCAUGGGGUUCAUGAAAAUGUUAUGGAAAAGAUUUCUGUUCAAAACAGAAUAAUGCUGAUGAGUCUUGCCUGUGGUGUAAACAAUGUCACUUUGUUUCUUUUAAAAACUGAGAAAUUAAAUAGAAAGAACAAACUUUA